AUGUUGCCAGGUGGCUUGGAUGAUAGCCGUGGCGCAAUUGUCCAAUCAAUAGCCAAAGAGUUCGAGAUUGACAAUCUCAAGAUCCGUGAUAUCGUUGAUCAUUUUGUGAAACAGAUAAAACGUGGCCUCCAGAGCAAGCAUUCUUAUCAGAUACCAUCUUUUGUCACACAAAUACCCAGUGGACAGGAAAAAGGCCUGUUCCUUGCCAUUGACUUGGGCGGCACGAACUGUCGAGUUUGUGCUGUGAAUCUUCAUGGAGACUCAACAUUUGAUACAUUCCAGAAAAAGCACGUCGUCCCUUCUGAGAUUAGGGUGAACGCCAGUCAUGAGCCAUUAUUUCGAUUCAUAGCUGCAAAGGUUCAAGAAUUCCUUCAAGAGUAUGUGCCGGAGAGAGGUCUGACAAACAACGAAUUCGAGCACACCUUCAACCUCGGCUUUACAUUCAGCUUCACCUGCGAACAAACUUCCAUCUCUCGCGGCACUCUCGUACACUGGGACAAAGGGUGGGACAUACCCGCCGCGUUGGGCCAAGAUCCAUGUGCUUUACUGCAAGAUGCUGUUGACGAGAUCAACCUACCGGUAAAGGUCUGCGUCCUGGCUAAUGAUGCAGUGGGCACCCUCCUCACAAGAGCUUACACGUCUACUAAGAAAGGCUCGGCACUGGCUUCUAUUAUUCUCGGCACGGGAACGAAUGCUGCGUACGUGGAGCGCAUUUCGAAUAUUCAGAGGCUCGAUGUGAGACCUAGCAACACCGAAUCAUAUCCCAAAGAUGAAGUCAUGGUGAUGAAUACUGAAUGGGGCUGCUGGGACGACGAAUUGACCGUGCUUCCCCACACACAAUACGACAAAAGGGUUGACAAGACUUCCUCGGAUCCAGGGUGUGGUCUGCUUGAGAAGAUGGUGUCCGGUAUGUAUCUUGGAGAGCUAUUACGGCUGGCUCUCCUAGAACUGAUGACACGCGGUGCACUGAAUAUGGCAUUCGAAGAUGACAGUCUUGUCUAUCAACCUACGGGCAUCGAGACCGCAUUCUUAACCAAGGUUACCGAGUUCAGACAGGACGACUCCUCGGCUUUACCUUACGUGGCUGAGAGCCUCGCAGCAAAGGGCGUAACCUCCGACGAUCUAUAUACAAUCCAGACUAUCGCUUCUGCAAUUAUAAGACGCUCUGCUCGAUUGGUUGGCGGAGGGCUCGCUGCCAUACUGGUUCAGUCAGGCAGGUUACAUCUCGCAAGCACGGCUCAAAAGACAAGUAAUAUGCAUAACGUGCACGGGAUAAGCCAAAAGCCCACACAAACCCAGACCAUAGGCUUUAUAGCCACUUUCACACAGUUCAUACGGCAUAUGUGUAGUUGCAUGACCCCAGGAGACGACUUGCCAACGGAAUACGACUCACCAUACGAUUCAAAAGAUACCCUUGGAGAUUUGGUUUCGGAGGAUGACGUGAUCGAUAUCGCAGUUGACGGGUCGCUAUUCGAGUUCCACGCCGAUUUUGAGAACUUGAUGCGCAGUGUGUUGUGCGACAUCCCGGAGAUUGGCGUCCUUAACGAAUCAAGAUUGAAGAUAGAGCUCACAAGAGACGGCUCUGGUACUGGUGCUGCACUGAUUGCGGCAGUGGCAGAAGGCAACACAAAAUAG